UUAGCAGCUAUAAAACCGCCAGGGCCCCGGGGCCAUCGCGAAAGAAAAAAAAAAGCUGAAGAACCAUCUCGCACAGCCGCACACUUACCAUGUCGCCAUCGAAACUCGAAACCACCUUGUCCAGCGCGGCCCUGGCUACGGGCGAGUCGGAACCACUUCUGCCCGCCACCGCCGCUGCCGCUGCCGCCUCCCGUCCGCCAUUCACAUACACGCUGCGGCCGGCGACCCUCGCCGACGUCCCGAGCAUGGCCUCCCUCGCCGCAUGCGCCUACCUCUCCUCCAGCUUCAGCGACUUCCUGUCCCCGGGGCGGUUCGCAUACAUCAGCGAGCACGCGUACGGGUACACGCAGCGGGUACGGUACCGGAUGCUGUCUCCACGCUGCGUCUCGAUCAUAGCCGUGUCCUCCUCCGGGCUGCCGGUGGGGUACGCGCAGUUCGUGCGGCACGGCGAGGACGCCGCCGCGAAGGAGGUGCAUAGAAACGGCAAUACCUGGGCGUUCCAGCUAAAGAGGGCCUGGCUGUAUGCGAGAUUCGCGUGGGAUUAUAUCACCUUCACCGAUAGGAGUAUGGAUCAGAAGGCACUGAAGGUCAUGAUGGCCCAUGGAGAUAUGUGGAAGGGAGAGCAGCCGAAUAGGUGGCAUGCCCAGAGCGUCGUCGUUAGUCCUGGACAUCAGAGGAGGGGCAUUGGAAAGGCGCUCAUGCGGGGAAUGAUGGAGAGGGCGGGGUCGGAGGGUGUCCCGCUCGGCCUCGAGGCGAGUCCGGACGGGGAGUUGUUGUAUACUAAGCUCGGGUUCGAGCUGAAGAGGAGGUUUGAGAUUGACUUUGAGGGCUUGGGGAAGGAGAUUGAGGAGGAUAGGGGCGGGUUGAUGAUUUAUUACCCGCCUGGGUGCGAGAGGGAAUAAGAGGUGUGGGUUGGUGUAUGUAGAGUACAUACGAUGGCGAAAGGACGUCCGCGAGCUCCGUCAGUUGUCAAUGGGUGCUCAC